CCAGGCUUUGAUGACACACUGAACUCUGCAACGCCAGAUUCCACUCAGCAGAGCCAUGGGGAAGACAGGUGGGAGAGCAGACUUUGAGUGGGUCUACACUGACCAACCCCACACCUCCAGGAGGAAAGAAAUCCUAGCGAAAUACCCAGAAAUCAAGAGCCUGAUGGGUCCAGACCCUCAGCUGAAGUGGGUGGUGUCUGGUAUGGUCCUAACCCAGCUGCUUGCCUGCUACUUGGUCCACAACCUUCCCUGGAAGUGGGUCCUCUUCUGGGCCUACGCCUUCGGGGGCUGCAUCAACCACUCGCUGACUCUGGCCAUUCACGACAUCUCUCACAACGUUGCCUUUGGAAACAAGCACGCUAAAUGGAACCGCUGGUUUGCCAUGUGGGCCAACCUUCCCAUCGGAGUGCCCUACUCUGCCUCCUUUAAGAAGUACCACAUCGACCACCACCGGUAUCUGGGGGGCGACCAGCUAGAUGUGGACAUCCCAACAGACUGGGAGGGGUGGUUCUUCUGCACGCCUGCUAGGAAGCUACUGUGGCUCUUCCUGCAGCCACUCUUCUACGCUUUAAGACCGCUGGUGGUCAAUCCUAAACCAGUGGGCCAGAUGGAGAUCCAGAACACAAUAGUUCAGGUGUUAGUGGAUGCAGUCAUCUUCUAUUUCUGGGGGCUGAAGCCCAUCGUUUACCUCAUUGCCGGAUCCAUUUUGUGCAUGGGGAUCCAUCCCAUCUCUGGACACUUCAUAGCAGAACAUUACAUGUUUCUGAAGGGACAUGAGACCUAUUCGUACUAUGGACCACUGAACUUGAUCACCUUCAAUGUAGGGUAUCACAUGGAGCACCAUGACUUCCCCAGCAUACCUGGCAGUAGACUACCUCAGGUCAAAAAGAUCGCAGCCGAGUAUUAUGACUCCCUGCCUCAGCACACCUCCUGGUUCCGGGUACUGUGGGACUUUGUGUUCGACGACAGCAUCGGUCCUUACGCUAGAAUCAAACGAGAGUACAAGCUGAGCAAGUCUGAAUAGGUUGUUGGUUAUAUUUAAUCAGAAAAGUAAAUUAAAGUUGUUAAACAUUGACAUUUACCACAGAGAAAUGCCUUGGUUUUUUUUUCUUCACGUUUGAUGCAGUUGAUGGGAAAAAAAAGUUUUCUCUCCUGUUGUCUUGUUGCUCUGUAAAAAAAAGUAAAUAAAACUAUUGUCUUUAGAGUUGCAAACAGGAAUAGUUGGAUAGAAAAAGUGGAUUUUUUUUCAUACAUGCAUUCCUGCAGAGAAAACUUCUAACUUGGGGAUGGCAGUUGCUUCUAACAUCAAGGUCUCAUACAUUGUCAUGAUCACUGGAGAUAUCACUAGUGCCCUCCCUCUCCUGAAAGUCACCAUGAGCCAGAUCCCCCCCCAAAAGAGCUCUAAUAUUAACCCCAUAUUGCUGAAAACAAUUAGUCUAAUUUUGCUUUGGUAGAACGGAGCUGAAGAGGAAGAAGCGUUGAUACUUUCAGUGAGAGGAGCUUUUCUUUGGUGAUGCUCCGUUCUGUGGUAAACCACCUGAUGGAGACUGCAGCCCAAAAGCAGACAUGAAAACAUCUCAGAAAAGCCUUAACACCAGUUUUACUUCUUACCCAUCAGGGUAGGUUUUUUUUGUUUUUUUUUAAAAUGUUUUUGUGAAAUGUUCUGUCAAUUUCUACUCACUUUUUUAAAAAUAAAUAUUUGUG